CGAACGUCUCCGCGUCGUCCCGUCCCCCUCCCCUCCUCUCCCCAUCAUCCGCGUCGCCCUAGGAGCUGACGCGUCGGACUACUCUCCGCCACGCCAAAUAUCUGUUUCCGCUCGUCAUGGACCCAUACACUUUCGGAGGAAAGUACAGGCUCGAGGAGGAGAUCGCCAUAGGCGGCUGUGGCACCGUCUUCCAGGGCGUACACACCGUCGCUGGCAAGGAAGUCGCCAUCAAGCUCGAGCCAGCCAUCGCCAAAUCGUCCCCGCUUAAGCAGGAAAGCAAGAUCUACAAGACACUCAUGGGCGGCCCCGGUGUCCCAUGGAUCAACUGGUCCGGAAGGCAGGGUGACUACAAUGUCAUGGUCAUCGACCUCCUCGGCCCGUCGCUCGAGGACCUUUUCCGCAUGUGCAACAGGCAUUUUUCCCUCAAGACUAUUCUCAUGCUCGCAGACCAACUGAUCACGCGCAUCGAGUACAUCCAUUCCCGCGACUUCGUCCAUCGUGACAUCAAGCCAGCAAACUUUGUCGUCCCCAAGCGUGCAGAGUCUGGCGAAGCAGACUAUGUCGUCAACGUCAUCGACUUCGGCCUCGCCAAGAAGUUCCGCGACCCUCGCACAGGCGCCCACAUCCCCUACCACCAGGACGACCACCACGGCGUCGGCACAUGUCUCUUCGCCGCCAUCAACACACACCUCGGCGUCGAGUGCUCUCGCCGUGACGAUCUCGAGGCCCUAGCCUACAUGCUCAUCUAUUUUCUCCGAGGCACCCUCCCCUGGAGGAAGAUCAAGGGUUCCACCGUCAGUGAAACUUGGGAUCGCAUUCGUGACAAGAAGCUCGAGACCGAAGCCGUCCUUACCGUCGGUCUUCCACCCGAGUUCGACAUCUUCUACAAGUAUGUCCGCGGUCUCGACUUCGACGACCUCCCAGACUACGAAGGCCUUCGUUCCCUAUUCCGUGGUCUUGCUGAACGCCAGGGUAUCGAGUACGACGGUGUAUUCGACUGGUGUGUUGCCCGCCCAGGCGAAAGCGGCCUUGGAGGUUCCGACGAGCCUGCGAGGAAGCGCAAACGUGUCUGCCGGAGCUGCUCCGCUUGUGCAGCUGCAGCCGAGCGUGCUGCCGCUGUGACCGCAGCGCAGGCUGCACGUGCCAAUCCGCGGAGGAAGGCCAGUGCGUAGGGAUGGUGUGGGUAGGGGUGUGUACGAGGCUUCUUGGAAGCUACGACUAGGCUUGUAAGCCAUGCUUGGACAGCGCGCCCGGCGAGGCGAGGGAUAUGCAAGAUGGAGGCGUCCCGCAUGUGUAUGUGCAACUGCGAUUCGGACCGUGAUGAGCGGGACGCCACCUCCACUUCUCUCGAAAUGACAACCAAGACGACAUGCGGAUACGGGGUGUAACCAGCCCUUGGACCACUAUGGUGGUCUAGACUCGAUCGUUCAGCUUUGGCUUUGGCGAUCUUCUAUGGGCUGACAGGUGUGGCGACCGUGUUAUAUUUUUCAGUACGAGUCAAGCCCACCAUGCCCCCGGUCCCUAUGCCCGCCGCGGACUCGUUCCUUGCCCUCUCGGAGGGAGAGCUGUACUGAUUGUUGUUGUGCGACUAAGUUACUAAGUUACGAGUCUGUAUGUGUAGUACCUCAUUAUCGCGCGCACCUACCCUCCCCGACCCCGACCCCGCCCCUACCCCAGUGCUCCCAUCAUCCUCUCACUCCUUGACCUUGACUCGUUGCUCCGUUCCCUAUGUCGGUAUCAUGUGCGCAGUUCAUCGACCGCAUUCCACGAGUUGCGCAUCCCAUUGCGCCCACUGCCCUCAUAUUAUGCCAUGACGCAUAUGCCUCCCCCGUCCCGAACUUCUCAUCGCAUCUCCCCCAUGCCCGCACUCAAAGUAUGGUAUCGUAUGCAUAUGCGUCUAUGGCCCUCCCUUGCCC